AUCGUUAACAAACGACCAUUACCUAACUAAACUCUUUGGCCUAUAUCAGCUGCAUGCAGCAUGCAAGUAACUAUGAGCUCGAGCAAUGUUAGCUAAAUAUCAAGGUGCUGUAAGAUGGCUCGAGUCUGCCACAUACGAGAGUAAAAAGACGGAAAAUGUGGACAUCAACAAAUUUCUGUCUGACAUUGAGGCCUGCGCUAGUGACGUACGAGAACUGGUACUCGUGGAAACGAACUCUGUUAGAAAAGAAGCACUGGAGCAGCUGGCUGGUACAUUGUCGGGUCACCGUGAAGUGCUACUAGCUAAGAAGAGGCAGUUAGAGAGAGCGGAGUAUAGAGCUCCUCCCCUGGGCAUGGUGCAAGCCACAGGAGGCAGUGUGGCCAGCCAUACUAGUGGCCAGGGGGACGAUGGUCAGGAGAAACGACGGCAGUCAGCUAUAGAGGACACAAUAAUGGGUGGGGGUGGGAUAUGUUUUGAGGGUGUGGCCGGACUCUCCUUCGCAAAACAGGCUCUGAGAGAAGCCAUUAUUCUGCCUCUACAAUAUCCUCAUCUCUUCACAGGUGGGCGUCGCCCCUGGAGAUGUGUCCUACUCUAUGGACCACCUGGAACGGGCAAGACGCGACUGGCACAGGCAGUGAGCAGUGAAGCAGAGUCCACUUUUUAUUGUGUUUCUUCCUCGGACCUUCUCUCGAGCUGGGUGGGAGAGAGCGAGAAGAUCAUCCGAGACUUGUUUCAACAUGCUAGAAAACGGCAUGGUCAAUCGGUAGUGUUUAUUGACGAAGUGGACAGUCUGUGUAGAGCACGUAACUCCAGUGAGGAAGAACACACACGCAGGGUCAAGACUGAGCUGCUACGUCAGAUGGAAGGAGCAGACACGCCUCUUACUGGUGGAGGGGGUGUGUUCCUGUUGUGUGCCACCAACACUCCGUGGGAACUAGACCCCGCCUUCAUUAGACGAUGUCAGAGACGCAUUUAUAUACCACUACCAAAUAGGACAGCACGGCAGCAGCUUUUCUCGCUGCACUUAAGCCACACCCCCUGUCACAUGACCAAGGCUGACUGGGACACCCUCCUCUGUCAGACUGACGGAUUCUCUGGCAGUGAUAUAGCCACGUGUGUGGCGGAUGCUCUCAUGGAACCAGUACGAGAACUAGAGCACACCACCCACUGGAAAUUAACCACACCCACCAACAAGAGCUACAGCGAGGGAGGGGAAUUGUCGUCUCCCCCAAGUGGGUGUGGUCCAGUGUACGUGCCCUGUGACCCUGUGGAUGUGGGGGCGGAGGCGCUCUCCAUCAGCGACCUACUACCUCAGCAGGUGUGCCCACGACCGGUUUGUCUGCUUGACCUACUGAAAGCGUUGGAGAGAAGCCACAGAACUGUGUCCCCUGAGGCCCUGGAAAGAUACCAACAGUUCACCCUCAAGUUCGGACAAAGUGGAACUUGAUUGAAUCUUAAUUACUUAUCACUUAUACCACCAUCCAAUCAUCUAUUAUAAUUAUGAUCUGUUAUUUUAUUAAAUAUGUAUACAACAUACGAUUGUACAGUCAUAUCAUUUACAUAAGGCCUCGUUCUAUUAGCUAUAAUUAUUUUAAUGUUCAUUAUCGAAUCUUAAUCUCUGUUUUUAACACCACUAUCAGUUUAAUUGUAUUAUGUAAAAUUGUAGAGCUUUGUAAUAUCAAAUUUAUUAUAAUCUUA